AAUAUUUCCUUUGAAAUAUGUUUUAAAUAUAAAUAAAUGUGAAUGAACAAAGAAAUUACAUUCCAUCACAAAGAUGUCGCCCCGCUCACUUAGAAUGUAGCUUAAAGCAAAAUAUUUUUUCAAACUGCAUUGAUUGUUUUUACACCUCCGAUAAUCAUAAGAAUUUAUUGAAUUAAAAUAAAUUUAAAAUAAAAUAUGAAAAGUUUGUUUAUUCGUGGUAAUUAAAAAGGAAAACAUAACAAAAAUGGCAUUUUUGUGUCCGGUGCGCAUGCGGCGCGAUAAAAAGAAAGCCACUAACGCCAAUAUAGAACGUGAUUUACCCAUUCCUGGUGUUGGUUUGGGACGCAUAACCGGUUCAUCCAGCAUAGAAACAUUAGUACGUGUCGGCAUUGAGAAGGAGCACGGUCUCAGUCCAGACUCAAAAAUGGUGGUGCUGCAUGAUUUCACUCCCUGUGUGGAUGAUGAGCUUGAAGUGAAGCGUGGACAAAUUGUCAAUAUAUUAUAUCGUGAGAACGACUGGGUCUACGUAAUUGGGCAGGAUACACGACAGGAGGGCUUCAUACCAUACUCGUACUGUGCACCUUACAACACACAGCUGGCAGAUCUUGCUAUAAAGAAAAAACUACCACGCGAUCAAAAUGUCAACGUGCAAGAACAUAAUCAAGAGAAUAUGCCACUCUUGAGUGCAGAGAGCAAAAUGGAAUUAAUUGACGAUGUGAGUGCUGUCAAUGCCGUCGUAAAUGCUAGCAGUGGUGGUGGUGGAGGUACAGCUGGUGUUGUAGCCACUUGUGGUGGCUCUAGCGCUAAUGCAGGCCCUAUUGGCGUCCCACCAAAAAAUGCCGAAGUAAAUCUUUUAUUAGAACCGGAAUGCACACCAUUUCAUAAAGAACCCAGCGGCCGCUACAUUGUACUCUACACAUUCAUAGCACGCGAUGAAAAUGAUUUGUCCGUGGAACGUGGCGAAUUCGUUACAGUUUUAAAUCGUGAAGAUCCCGAUUGGUUUUGGAUUGUGCGCAGUGAUGGCCAAGAGGGUUUCAUACCGUCCGCAUUCGUCUUCCCCGCUGAAAGUGUGCUGCAAACACAACAGAAAAUGCUAAAUGUAUGCGGCACGGUACAAGACGCCGCUGGUUUGAUUGGUGGUGCAAAUGCCAACAACAAUGCUGUACACAAAUCACAAACGCAAUUGAACUUAGAGCUUACUGCGGCCAAUUUGAAUAGCAAUUUAACGUCUUUGGGUCAGACGCUAACGACAUCAGCUGCACAAUUAGAUGCGGCGUGUAUUGGUGGCUUGCAACAACAAAAUGCGGCACAGCAUCAGCAGCAACAACAAAUCGGUGGCAUUAGCGCAGAUGAUUUGCGUUACCAUGGCACUGAGCUGGUUAUGCUUUAUGAUUAUAAGGCACAAGCACCAGACGAUUUGAAUGUACGUAGAGGCGAUUGGAUCUAUGCAGACCUAAAUAAUCAAACGGUGGAUGGCUGGUUGUGGGCUUAUGCACCAAAAACGCGUAAAUAUGGUUUUAUACCGAAGGCUUAUGCGCGUCCACCCGCCAUGACCAGCCUUUAAUACUAUGCAAAAUUUGAAUUAUUCAAAUAUUGUCUUCCACUUGCCUGCAA